AUGCCACCACUGUACAGGAGGUUUCACGAAGCGGAGCUGAAAUUACCACAACACGAUCCAUUGCUGCCGGCGCCUGAGGGGAGGAACGGGAGGUACUUGUGGAUUGCGAAUCAUGCAAGCAAGUGUGGUUGGGGCAAUGCGAUGCAGGAGCUGUUUUUGAACGCGUAUCUAGCCUACAGGACAAAUAGAGCGUUUGUAUUUGACAACUAUACCUGGUCCCGCGGAGAGUCGGACUACUCGUUGUAUAAUCUGAAACCGAUACCCUCAAGGAUACCCCUUACUGCACUAAUACAGGGACCUAUCGCUGGAGGUCACUUCCCCGCCGGCUCGGGGAUUCCGCGCGCUGUAACGCCGGAGUAUUUCUAUGAGGUCUGCCAAGACCGCGCCAUCAUGAGCAGCUAUGAAGUCAACGACGCACUUGUCGACCCCACCGCGGAGACUCUCGUGCAGAGUUGGAAGGACAAGAUGUCACCGCACCGAUGUGUGGAGAUCGCCAGGAGUCCCCCAGAACUCUUUGACGAGCACGUGUUCGCGGAUGCCCGGAGGCUGCUCGACGUUUGGCCCCAUUUCUCCCAGUCGCCCAUCGUCAAGGAGUUCAGCUGGUCGACGCUUGUCGAGCUCGCCUUCGACAACAACCGCGAGGUCAUCUCACCCACCUCUCCUUUCGAACCCACACUCUCUUCCUCGUCUGUCUUUGGUCUCGCGCGCUAUAGCCCUAUUCCUGGCCUGCUCGUCCUGCAUAUUCGCCGAGGGGACUUUCAGGGUCACUGCCACGACGUCCUCGCGCGCCGCUCUAUCGGCUUCACAGGCUUCAACUCGUUCCCAGAACUUUCGGAUCAGUGGCAUCUACCGGAAGGCGUUUCAGAACGAGAGAAGAAGGCGCUAUAUGCUCGCCGUUGUUUCCCAGAGAUCGACAUGAUCGUCGAACGCGUCGAGGAAAUCCGCCGCACACCAGCAGGGAGCGGACUGACCAACGCGUACAUCAUGACCAAUGGCUCGCCUUCUUGGGUAUCCAAGCUCAAAGCGGCGCUGCGCGCGAGGCAUGGCUGGGCUCAUGUCGCAAGCAGCAGGGAUCUCGUGCUUACGUCUGAGCAGAAGUACGUCUCGCAAGCCCUCGACAUGCUCGUCGCGCAGCGAGCGCAUGUCUUCAUCGGGAACGGGUUCUCUACACUGAGCGGCAUGGCCGUCAUGCUGCGAAUGGCAAACAGGAUUGCUCCUGAUACCAGUAGACAUUGGUGA